CUCUGGCCCCCUUUCCCAGGACCGGAGAACCUUGCCCGGGAUCUGAGUAAAUUGGCAUUUAAUUUUCUUAUACUGGCCUCAGUUUCCUCAUUUUAAACUCGACAGUAACCGAGUUCCCAGUGCACGUCUGGGCUCACCUGGCACCCCGGGGUCAACCCGGCCAUCAUCUUUCUUGGAAGGAGGUCAGCCACUGAAGAACGAGCCUUGCUGCAAAGCCCCAGAGCCCCUUCGGUGACUGCCCGCCGGUCUCGUGACAGCCUCCUGCCCUGCAGACCACCGAGCCCAUGAGGUCUGCUGGGUCUGCCGAUCUGCUGGAUCCUCAGGGCAGCUUCAGGCUGAGUCUGUUGAGACCUGCGCCAUCCCAUGAACUUCUCCCUUUCCCAGCAAGUGAAGGAGAAGCAACGCUCCUGGGAAAUCGAGAAAUGGAUGUAAUGACUCGGGUCUUGAUGGACUCAACCUGACACAGACUAACAGGAGGAUGGACUAUGCCAUGCAUUAAACCUUCCUCUGCUCUUGGUCCAAACCUUACAAAGUCCUCCAUGGAGUCAGAGAUUCAGGAGCAGAUCCCCGUCCGAUUUCCCUGGCUCUUCCCCUCCUGAUUUUUCUCACUGACAUGGGCUUCAGCUUCCAAGCCCCUCAGGGCCCCACGCAGACCCCUGCCCACCUUUGUGGUCUGCCAAGAAGCCUCUGCCCACAAGAUACCAGUGCCUCCCCGCCAUUCUGCCCCCCCAAAGACAGCUGGCUUGUGUUAGAUGCUCUCUGAACACCGUGUCGCAGGUCCUGAUGUAUCACCUGCUCUUCACCUUGAAACGACUUGGGCCACACCUGGUCUGCCCAGCAAGCUUGGGGUUGCACGCACCACAACCCGGCCCAGCCUCUCCUGGGCUGAUGAUGGACAGCCCAUUGAGGGGGAGCCCCACUUCCUCAGCAGAGACAACGUCCUGUUACACCUCCUCAUGCCGAGUGACUAACUUCCUGUGGAAUGAAGUCCAGGCCUGCAGAGUCAUCGUCAGACUGAGUCAGCUCCGCCUUGUCCCAUGCAGGAGACUCCGGAGAGGGUGUGAAACCUGGAUUCCCUGUGAGACGGAGGAGAUUGCAUGUCUGGUCCCGUCACGACCGUGUGGGUCAUCCAGUCACCCGUGUGGGUCAUCCAUCCUGCCCUGAGGACCCAUUUCAUGGGGUGGGGGGGUGAUGGAAUUUUAUUUCCUAAGUACUGUUCUUGGUUUCUGGCCAGCUGAUCCCAAGUUUCACAUCCUUGUCUGUGAAGCUAAACUCAGUGCUGCUGUGUGGGAAGAAAACUCUUAGGUAUGUUUUCAUUGUUUGGCGAUUCACAACCACGCCACUUCAGUGCUUGCUUUCUGGAUUUGCCUACUUUGUAACAUUCUACCUGACAUUGGCCUGCUCUCUGUCCCGUGACGCCAUCCUACAGUCAAGUUGGAUUUUUGUAUCUUGUGGCUGCCGUCUGUUUUGUCCAUCUGAAGAGCUCUGCUUUCAUGCGAAUGAGAUUGAAGAUGGAUACCUGACAGUGCCAGGGAUCACUUCACUGACAUCGUUUUCUUGGACAAGAUUGUGUAGGGCCCGGGCUGUGCUGGCCCCAGGACUCCUUCAGAAUACAGCUGAGGAUGAUGAAUCCUGUGAGCAACGGGGGCACAUCAGAGAGCGUUUUUGACCUGGACUAUGCCUCCUGGGGGAUCCGCUCCACGCUGGUGGUCGCUGGCUUUGUCUUCUACCUGGGUGUCUUUGUGGUCUGCCACCAGCUGUCGUCCUCCCUGAAUGCCACGUACCGUUCUUUGGUGGCCAGAGAGAAGGUCUUCUGGGACCUGGCGGCCACGCGUGCAGUGUUCGGUGUUCAGAGCACGGCUGCAGGCCUGUGGGCUCUGCUGGGGGACCCUGUGCUCCAUGCCGACAAGGCACGUGGCCAGCAGAACUGGUGCUGGUUUCACAUCACGACGGCAACGGGCUUCUUUUUCUUUGAAAACGUCGCAGUCCACCUGUCCAGCUUGGCCUUCCGAACAUUUGACCUGUUUCUGGCUGUCCACCAUCUCUUUGCCUUCCUCGGGUUUCUUGGCUGCUCAGUCAGUCUCCAAGCUGGCCACUAUCUGGCUAUGACCACCUUGCUCCUGGAGAUGAGCACUCCCUUUACCUGCAUUUCCUGGAUGCUCUUAAAGGCGGGCUGGUCCGAUUCUCUGUUUUGGAAGCUCAACCAGUGGCUGAUGAUUCACAUGUUUCACUGCCGCAUGGUCCUGACCUACCACAUGUGGUGGGUGUGUUUCUGGCACUGGGACGGCCUGGUCAGCAGCCUGUACCUGCCUCAUCUGGCACUCUACCUUGUUGGACUGGCUCUGCUUACACUAAUCAUUAAUCCGUACUGGACCCAGAAGAAGACUCAGCAGCUUCUCAAUCCGGUGGACUGGAACUUUGCACAGCCAGAAGCCAAGAGCAGGCCGGAAGGCAACGGGCAGCUGCUGCGGAAGAAGAGGCCGUAGCUGCUCCCGCCGGGGCUCCCGGGCCCCAGUGGGUCGGCACGUGGAUUCUGGGAAGUUCCAUGAAUAGUGGCUUUUGAUUUAAUGAGGCAGUGAAUGUUUUGUGUUUAGUUCUAAGGGAAAUACUAACUUUAUUUCUCAUUAGCAUUAAUUUUGAAGUAGCUACAAAGCCUUUUUAAGAAAUUAUAAUUUUGCGACUGUCCUGACUGGCUCUGUAAGUUGAGCCUCUGGACCAUGUCAGGCACUUAGGAGAGGAGUCCGUGGCAUCCAAGCAUCACACCUGCCGAGGAGCGGGUGGCCUUGUUCGAAUGCUGGAAAUGGCUUCAUAGUGAAGUGCCUCCCGCUGCCGGGGUGGAUCAGCGUUGAUUUUCCAGCCACACACUCACAUGCCAUGUGUCUUAAUCAGAAGUCACAUUCUUUUCAGCUGGAGAGAAUUGGGCUAAAAUAGAAAAUAAUAUGACUUGUUCCUUGUUAAAGUUUCCCAUGGUGUGAUGUUCUAGGCCGGGCACACUGGUUCACACCCAAACCAAUCCCAGCACUUUCAGAGGCUGAGGCAAGUGGAUCACUUGAGGCCAGCCUGACCAACAUGAUUAAACCCCGUCUCUACUAAAAAUACAAAAAUUAGCUGGGCGUGGUGGUGCGUGCCUAUAAUCCCAGCUACUCAGGAGGCUGAGGCAAGAGAAUCGCUUGAACCCAGGAGGCAGAGAUUGCAGUGAGCUGAGAUUGAGCCAUUUGCACUUGAGCCUGGGAGCAGAGCAAGACUCUCUCACAAAAAAAAAAAAAAAAAAAAAUAA